CAGGGACUGCCCCCUUCCACCCCAACCCUGGGCACCCCACCCGCCAGCCUCUUCCUGGAAGCCAGGCAUGGGAGGGGCACCUUUCUGAUCCGGCUGGCUGGUGGGGAGAGGGAGCCCCAGCCCGUGGCCCGUUCUGGCAGAAGCCCAGUGAAGGUACCCCCUGCACCAUCCUUGGUGACUGAACUUUCUGCUACCAGGGCUCAUCUUUUGCCUCAGUGGUGGGGGUCUGGGCACCAUGGCCCAGUCUGGGGCAGUCAUCCUGAACCCUGAGGUCGUCCAGAAAGACCCACGGGAAGCGCUGGUCAUCGCGGUCACUGCGAGAGCCAUCUUCAACCUGGAGGCUGAGCACCAGCUGUUUCUGGCUGAGGGCACCCAAGAGUACACUAAGUAUCAGACGGCCCAUGCCCAGGACCCGCUGCCCCCGGGCACAGCCUUCCCCUUCAUCCAGGCUGUGCAGCUGGUCAAUCAGAGGUUGUUGGAGCGUGACCCAGAGGAGCGGGGACUCCUGGAUGUCAUCGUCCUUUCCAACAACAGCCCAGAGGCUGGCAUCCGAAUUGUCCAUUGUGCCAGGCGGGCAGGCCUGGAGAUCUCCAAAUUCUGCUUUGUCAGCGAGAAGGACUCCACCCAGUACCUGAGAGACCACCGCGUGGGGUUGUUUCUGUCAGCAGACAAGACUGAUGUCUGCAACGCCCUGAGGAGGGGGGUGCCGGCUGCCCUCAUUUUCCAGCAGGAGGUCCAGGCCCCCAGCACCCAGCUUCGCUUGGCCUUUGAUGGGGAUGCCGUGCUCUUCUCCAAUGAGACCGACCGCGUGUUCCAGGAGAGGGGGCUGCAGGGGGCCAUGCAGUACGAGAAGGACUUGGAGGCUGUGCCCAUUGGCGAAGGGCCUAUGAAAGCCUUCGCCAUGCGGCUGGGACGGCUUCGAGAGAAGUUUGGCGUAGAUGACUCACCCGUGCGCACCUACCUAGUGACCGCUCGUAGCAAAGGUGACAUGAGCCUCCGGGCGCUGAACACCCUGCAGGCCUGGGGUCUGCGCCUUGAUGAGAUCUUCUUCAUGGAUGGGGCCCCCAAGGGCCCCACCCUGGCCCAGAUCUGCCCCCACAUCUUCUUUGAUGAUUCCAUGCACAACAUCCAGGGGGCUCAGGAUGCCGGUGUCCCCUCUGCCCUGGUGCCCUGUGACUGCUGAGGGGCCUCCCCAGCAUUAACCCCUCCCCAACUUCCUUCCCCUCUCCCACGCCUCUAUCUGUGCAUCUGCCUAUGUCUCUCACCUUCCGAGGUCAUCUCAUCCAUCCCCCUGUCUCCAAGCAGGGCCACACUCAACCCUGCCCCUUUCCUUUAAAAUCAUGGGGGGGGGGGGCGGCAGCUAGGUGCUGGCCCUGUAUUCAGGAGGACCUGAGUUCAAAUUCGACCUCAGACACUUAACACUUACCAGCUGUGUGACCCUGGGCAAGUCACUUAACCCCAAUUGCCUCACUAAAAAAAAAAAAAAAAUCACAGGAUGGGGAAUCCUUGGCCUUCCUGGUAGCAGUGACUAUGAGAGGUCCCUCUGGAGGGCUGACAUCAAGUCCCUCUGCUCUAUGCACAAAAAGUCCCAAGCCACACACAGACCACACCUUCUGAGGCCCUGGG